AUGGAAAGCCUCAAGAAUCUUCUACCUGUGCUAACAGCGAAAAUGCACAAAGGAAGUUGCGGUCGAAUCGGAGUCAUAGGUGGAUCUUUCGAGUACACGGGAGCGCCCUACUUCUCCGCCAUCACUUCCCUCAAGUUGGGAGCAGACUUGGCCCAUGUAUUUUGUCACGAUCACGCAGCCACAGCCAUCAAAUCCUAUUCACCAUCACUGAUUGUUCAUCCUGGAUGGAAUCCAAACGAUGAGUUCUUCACGAGUUUGAAAAGAAUCGACAGCAUCGUUAUGGGACCCGGGUUGGGGAGAAGCGAAGAGGCCGGAAAACUUUCCGAAGCCGUAUUCCGAUAUGUGGCUGAGUGUGACAAGCCGGCUGUCUAUGAUGGAGAUGCAAUUUAUUGGGCUUGCACAAUGGGGAACAACUUUCCCAAGGCCAAAUCCGCUGUUUUCACUCCAAACAAGGUAGAGUUUGAAAGGCUAUGUGAUACUUUUCUGGACAAAGAAGAUUGCUCAAAUGUCAAAGAUCAACCGCUGGACACUGUUAAGAAAUUGUCAAUCAAAUUGGGUGUUUCGAUUCUGAUGAAAGGUGAAAAAGACUAUUAUCGAACAGUUGAUGAUCAUUCUGGAGAGAUUGAUGAAAAAGCCGGAUUACGGCGUUGUGGUGGACAAGGUGAUAUACUGGCUGGAGCACUUGGAACAACACUUCAUUGGGCUAAAUUGGUAAAUGUUAGUAUUGCUGAGGCGUGUGUAGCUAGCAGUUUUCUGGUCCGUUAUUUGUCCAACAAAGCCUUUGAGAAGAUUGGACGAUCCGUUGAAGCCCCGGAUAUGAUUAGCGAGAUUCCGGACACUCUUCGAAAUAUUGAAAGAGUUUAUUUUCGUCAUGAU